AUGAACUCGAAGCGAUUCUCGGACUUUUUUGGAGGUGCCCCCGAGUUUAUCAUCCCCGGCCGAACCUUCCCAGUCGAUGUCAUGUUCUCUCGGUCGCCAGUCGAGGACUACGUCGAUCAAGCUGUCCAGCAAGUGCUGCAGAUACAUGUCUCCCAGGGCAAGGGUGACAUUCUUGUCUUCAUGACCGGCCAGGAAGACAUCGAAUGCACCUGCGAGCUGAUUCAAGAGCGGCUUGAUCUGCUGAAGGAUCCACCAAAGCUCAGCAUUCUGCCCAUCUACAGUCAGAUGCCUGCAGACCUGCAAGCCAAGAUUUUCGACCGAGCAGCGCCUGGCGUGCGCAAGUGCAUCGUGGCCACCAAUAUUGCAGAGACCAGUCUUACGGUUGACGGCAUCAUGUUCGUGGUUGAUGCCGGGUUUUCUAAGCUCAAGGUGUACAACCCCAGAAUGGGCAUGGAUACCUUGCAGAUCACACCUAUUUCGCAGGCGAACGCUGGGCAGAGGUCAGGCCGUGCAGGGCGAACUGGGCCGGGUAAGGCAUACAGGCUCUUUACAGAAAAGGCUUACAGAGAUGAGCUGUACAUCGCGACUAUCCCCGAAAUCCAGAGGACGAACCUGGCCAACACCGUCCUCCUGAUCAAGUCUCUUGGAGUCAAGGACUUGCUGGACUUCGACUUCAUGGACCCGCCGCCGCAAGAGACCAUUACGACGUCGCUAUUUGAUCUGUGGGCGCUAGGGGCGCUAGACAACGUUGGCGAGCUCACCGACCUGGGCAGCAAGAUGAACGCUUUCCCCAUGGAUCCAUCUUUGGCGAAGCUUCUCAUCAUGUCGGAGGCGUACGGUUGCAGCGAAGAGAUGCUCACGAUUGUUGCGAUGCUGUCGGUUCCCAACGUGUUCUUUCGACCGAAAGAACGACAAGAGGAAUCGGAUGCGGCGCGUGAGAAGUUCUUCGUACCGGAAUCAGACCAUCUCACAUACCUACACGUCUACUCUCAGUGGAAGGCCAAUGGCUUUUCUGACAGGUGGUGCACGCAACACUUUUUGCAUUCCAAAUCCCUACGCCGCGCCAAAGAAGUCCGCGACCAGCUGCUCGACAUCAUGCGCAUGCAGAAGAUGGACAUGGUCUCGUGCGGUACCGACUGGGACAUCAUCCGAAAAUGCAUCUGUUCGGGCUACUAUCACCAAGCUGCAAAAGUCAAAGGCAUCGGCGAAUACAUCAAUCUGCGUACUUCUGUCACGGUCCAGCUGCACCCGACGAGCGCCUUGUACGGCCUGGGCUUUCUCCCUGAUUAUGUUGUUUAUCACGAGCUCAUCUUGACAUCAAAGGAGUAUAUGUCAACCGUGACGAGCGUCGAUCCGCACUGGCUGGCGGAGCUGGGUGGAGUGUUUUACUCGGUCAAGGAAAAAGGCUACUCAGCCAGAGACAAGAGGGUCAUUGAGACAGAGUUCAACCGCAAGAUGGAGAUCGAGGCGCAGAUGGUCGAAGACAAGAAGAAGCACGAACAGAAGUUAGCCGAAGAAGAGAAAGGCCAGGCAGGCGGGAGCGCGAAUGGCGCUAGCGUCAAGAAGAAGAUUGUUACAUCAGGGGCAGUCAAGAAGCCCGUUGUGAAGAGGAGGGGUGGUGGGAUGGCAUUUCGAUAG